GCUUGCAUGAUUUCAUAAUCCCCAUAUUAUCGUAGCAAAGAGUCACUUAUAUCUUAGCACAAAGUUAAAAAAUGUUGGAUUUACUUUACACAAGCGCAGCCAUGUCCCCUGUUGCCACGGGAACGUUAUGAAGUGAGGUGAUUAUGUGACGUGAACAUCAUUGAAAAGCUGCAAACAGUUUCUGCAAGUUGCCGCAGUUUUUGCAAGUUCCCGCAAUUUCAUUGCAUAAAAAUCCCGCUGCAUAAAAAUCCCGCAUAUUCCAUUGCAUAUUUUAAGAAAACUACCAUGAUCAAGGAUUUUUGCCCGCAACAAUCACAAAAAAAAACUAUGUUUUUCUGGAAGGACUGCACAAUGAUGGUGGUUUGUUGCAGUUGAAACUCAAUUGUGCUGUGAAUUAUUUUCUCUCUCUCUUUGUCUCUGCACUAAAUGGCAGUGCCGUAGUGCAGAUUAGGCAGUAUUAUUACAAUAAGCCAAAUUUCAAUGACCUAAUUUUUCACGUGAGAAUGGUUUACCAAAACUAACUUACUGGGUUGAUCUUUUUCACAGUUACUAGAUCAAUAGAAGCACUAGUCCUUUAUCUUUUUUAAGGAAAACGUAAUUUAAUUACAGUAACUAAAUACACCCAACACUUGUUAGGGGUUACCACACUGUUGACAGUACCCAUAUGCUUCCAUAGUAUUUGUUUUUCCUAUAUGGAAGUCACUGGGUAACAUGUGUGCUUACUAUACUGUUAAAUAUUUACUAUACCGAGUUUAUAUCACCUCAGAUGUACAUAUUAUAUCAAAGGUAGGGUACAUAUUGGUACCAAAUGUAUAUGUACCUAAUAGUAUCGGAGGGUACAGCCCCCUUACAUAUAUUGACCAUUUGGGACCCUGUCUGUGAAAACCCAGCCAAUGUAAUUUCAUUUUUGACAUAUAAUAAUAUAAAAAACAUUCUGUAAACAUAUUCUUGACAUGUUUAAUACUGACCGUGUAAGACCAUGUCAAAGAUUGAAAUUUAAAUAAAAUAUAAAUAAAAAUGUCAAAAUAUAAGUAAUAUUUAAAAAAUGCCCUAUUUCACCCGAGCAUACUUUUUGAAAUUCUAACAUACCCAUUCAUACACACCUUUUUACCACAUUUUUCACCUGUGACAGCCAUUUUCCAUAAGCAUGAUAUCUACCUCAGGUAAACAUCUUAGCCAAUCAAAACGAGCAAGUAGCCAAACGUCAGCACUGACUAAAAAAACGCAUGUUCAGGCUUUGUCACCUGCUGCUGUAAAACACACCUGUGCGCGUGGGCCGGGCUGCUGGUGCACAGAAGUCAAAGCUCGCGCGGCCAUGUGGACGGUCAUCUCGUACCUGCAGAGUCCAGAGCUCGUGGCCGGUUUCCAGCGUUUCUGCGGACUGGUUCCGACAGAGACGUGCUCGUACAGGACUCAAAACGGACUCGCGAACGGUUUUAAGGACGGUUCGGUGAAGACGCGCCGGCGCAAAGCGGAACAUGUAAACGGGACGGCCGCCUCACAUGACAGUAACUCCAACUAUAAAAUCGACACUUCACAGUUUGACGACAAAAUCAAGGAGUCUUCCCGGUCUCGAUAUGAGGUGAAGAACUGGAUUCUCUAUGUCCUGUUUGUGUCAUCCGCUAUGCUGGGACAUGAAGUGUUUUACAUAACUUGUCUGCCCUGCAUCCACUGGAACCUCGACUCAUUCCUAUGCAGACGGCUUGUCAAUGUGUGGGUUGUGGUCAUGUAUAUCGGUCAAGCCAUGAAAGAUAUUUUAAAGCUGCCCCGUCCUUCAUCUCCCCCUGUGGUCAAACUGGAGACGCGGGUGGAUGCAGAGUACGGGUUGCCGUCCACGCACGCCAUGGCAGCGACUGCCAUCUUCUUUACGCUUCUGCUCAGUGCUCAGGAAAGAGUGAAGUUCCAGUUUGAAUUGGGAUUGCUUGUGGCCGUGGUUCUGUCUGCACUGGUGUGUCUGAGUCGUCUUUAUACUGGCAUGCACUCGGCUCUGGAUGUCAUUUGUGGAGCUCUUAUUUCAGCCGGCAUUGUGAUCGUUUCAUACCCUUUCUGGGAAACCUUUGACCACCUGCAGCUCAACAACCCCUUCUCCCCAAUAGUGGCACUGGUACUCCCCCUCUUCCUGGGUUACAAAUACCCUGAACUGGAGCAUUACAGCACCACUCGGGGGGACACCACCAUUAUUUUAGGCUGCGCGGCGGGAAGCUCUGUCGGAUACUGGGUGAAUGAGAGAGUGGGUUUGACUUUUGAACUAGUCGGGCCUUUUCCAGUCACACUUCCGCCUCUGACCGCCACAGCUUUCGGCCUGGGUGUCGCACGUUUCCUGGUUGGGGUACUGAUGCUGGUGCUGACCCGGCAGGUGUUUCGCUGGGUGAGCCUCCGGGCCCUCUGCUGGGUUUACGGAGCGUCGGUGAGUGACAUUAAUGCUCGCAGAAGAAAAGAAAUCGAGGUGCCGUAUAAAUUCAUAACGUACACUGCCAUCGGCCUGGUCAAUAGCAUGCUGGUGAGCAGAGUGUUCGUAUUGUUGGGACUGCUUUGAUUUCUGUGGAUUUUCGCAGAGGAUCCACACUUCAUCAGGGAUUUUCACCACGAACAGUUUCUACAGCUUUACCUUUUCACAUUGAACCAACGACUAGAUAAACAACUGCACUGAAAUCAGCUUGAUUUAAAGGGGACAUGUCACAAGACUUUUUUUAAAGAUGUAAAAUAAAUCUUUGGUGUCCCCAAAAUACAUAUGUGAAGUUUUAGCUCAAAAUAGAUAAUUUAUUACAACAUUUUAAAAUGAUCACUUUGUAGGUGUGAGCAAAAAUGUGCCUUUUUUUGGUGUGUCUUUUAACAUGCAAAUGAGAUGAUGAAAUGCAAUAACUCAUCGCCAUGAUGGUGGUUUAUUGAAAUUGAAACUCAUUUGUGCUGUCAAUGUUUUUUUCACUUUCUCUCUGCACUAAAUGGCAGUGCCGUGUUUGGAUAGUGCAGUUUAAGGGGCAGUAUUAUUCUAAUAAGAUCCCCUUCUGACAUCACAAGGGGAGUCGAUUUUAAUUACCUAUUUUUACAUGCUUGCAGAGAAUGGUUUAUCAAAACUAAGUUACUGGGUUUUCUUUUUCACAUUUUCUAGGUUGAUACAAGCAAUGGGGACCCAAUUAUAGCACUGAAACAUUGAAAAAGUCAGAUUUAUAUGGUAUGUCCCCUUUAAUGACAGAUUUCAGGAAUGAUCCCCGUUUGCCAUUUGAUAGGUAUAAAUUUGUAUAUUUGUAUAAAUUCGGUACAAGUAUGUACUUUUGAGGUACUUAUAUGAACUCUUUGGGUACAAAGGUGUACUUUUUAAAAGGGUUGGUACCCCAGUGACACCUAGGGACCAUUUUUUUGACAAUGUAUGAUGACAUCAUUAGUGCCACAUUUCCUCUUUUCAAAUGCUAUGACUGCCAUCUCUGUUAAUAUUACUAUUAUAAUGUAUUUUAUCAUGCAGAUAUUUAUUACAAAACACAUUUUGUACUUUAAUGUGCUGAAACAACACACUUUGUGUGUUUAUGAUACACUUUCUGAUCCUGUUAAAGGAAUAAACUUUUGGACAUUUUAAAGUGU